AUGGGACUCAAAGCUAAUACUCCAGUACUCGGCAUCUUCUUAACACUCUGUCUCACCUUCAUCAGUUCAAGGUGCAGCAGCCGAUCGAAACAAGGUCACAUAUCUCAGCCCAGCGGAAACCAGAUCAUUAAAAUGGCCGUUCAACCCCAGUGCGGUGAUUUAUCCUCUGAUAAGUUUGUUAACUUCAACACGGGUAUCAACCUCGAUCAGAUCAAGACUAUUUACAGCUUCGGGGACAGCUGGACUACGAAUGGGAAUAGCGAGGGUGGGGUUGCCAAACCCGCGGUUGCCAAAGGUGAUAGUUCGUUGUAUGGAUUGCGUCCAACCAAUGGUCCAGUGUGGACCGAAGAUCUAGCCUCUGAUGGCAAAAUACUCAAGAACUAUGCCGUCGGGGGUGCUACUCUGGACCAUAAUUUGUGGAAAGCAAGAGCAACAAAAACCGACAUGAUCGGUCAUGUGGACAACUUCCUCAAGCAAAAACUGACCGUAGACUCCGAUUCGAGUUUGGCCACAAUAUUUUACGGUAUCAAUGACUACUCCGCGUCCCUCCAAGGGCCAGGUAACUUCGAGGAUGCCGAAAAACAGCUUCUCAACCAGACGGAACGAUUGAUAAACGCAGGAAUAAAAAAGUUCAUUGUUGUCUCACCUCCUUUCGACAAAAAACAAAUUAAAUCUUUUGAAAGUUCAACAUGGAAUGGUUUCAAAAAGCUCAAAGAAUCAAAGAAUAUUGAAUUCGCAUACAUUGAUUUAGUUGCCCUGUUUUCGGCUAUUCUAGCCAACCCCAGUUCAUUUGGAUAUCAAUCGGUUGAGUCUUGUCUAAAGUCUUUGCAAACAACGGUCGGUAGAUGUAAAAAUCCCGAAGUAUACUUGUAUUGGAUACCAUCGCAUCCACAAGUCCAGACACACCGCUUGAUUGCUGAUUGGGUUCGCGCGGUCUUAAAAAAUUGCCAACAAAAAAGUAGCAACAGAAGCAAAUAUGCGCGCAUUCGAAGGUCCAUUGGCGAUCGAAGUCCGGAGUCGUUUUCAUCGUCCCCACUAUAA